CUUCAUUCAACAGCGUGGAGACCGGAGAGCGACGCGGGCGGAAAAGCGCACUUUCUCCGGGGAGUUGUUGGGGCGCAUUCGAGCAAACUCGGGAUCUAUACUGUUAUCUGUGGACUAAAAGUGAAACAAGGAACGUCCCUGAGAGCGAACUGUGACUAUAUGCUUUUAAAAAUGAAAAUGUCGGCAGUCGAACUUUCCCAGGUUUUAAAAGAAGGGGAGCUCGAAAAGAGGAGCGACAACCUCCUUCAGUUUUGGAAAAAGAAGACGUGCGUCCUCACGAUGGACAGCCUCAACAUUUACGCCGACAGCCAAAAGAAAUCCAGAGGCAAGGAGCUCAAGUUGCAGUCCAUUAAGAAAGUGGACUGCGUGGAGCGGACGGGCAAAUUCGUCUAUUUCACCAUUGUCACUACAGACAACAAAGAGAUCGACUUCAGGUGUACGGACGAGGACACCUGUUGGAAUGCGGUCAUCACCAUGGCUCUGAUUGACUUCCAGAACAGAAAAGCCAUUCAGGACUUCAAAUCGCGACAGGAGACAGAGAUCGCCUCCCCAGGACAGCAUGAAAGGCGAAUGGCGAGGUCUCCCUGAGAAGUCCGCGACAAAAGACCUGAAACAAGUGAAUUUUAAAGUGGACCAUGAAGAGUGCUUGGACCAAACGAAGACGUUAUUAACAGGUCUGAAGAUGAAGGAAUGAGAAGGGCGGACACGUCCUUGGGGACUUCCGAUACUGGAGCCGCGUGUGCCGGGCUUUUGAAAAGACUGAAGACUUCUUACCGAAAACCAAAGACUGAAUCUAAAGACUCUCAAAGCUUCAGCACAAAGCUUUGGGUGGCUGAAACGCUUCGCAGUAUCACAUGUGUGUUAAUUUAUUUGUUGCAAGAAACCUCUUUUUUGCAUAUUCGAAUUGUUUUAAGUUAUUUGUAUUUUAACUUGUAUUUAUUGUAAUAAAUAUGAUUUUAAAAAAAUGAAAA